AUGAAUGUGGCCUGGGGGCUCUCUUGUGUGAAAGGGCUACUCUGGGAGAUUAUCCGUACUGGGGACAGGGACAGGGAACUAAAGUCACUGAAUGGAGACCACACCGGGUCCCUGCAGGUCCAGUCCUGGUUAGAAGGACCCGGCCUGGUGUCCUGGAGGUUCCGGAAGCCUGGGGAGCUGCCCUUGGUUAGUGGGGGCUUGAAACCUGGAAAGGGCACAGGGGGCCGGAGGGGGCCUCAGAGCAUCUGGCUCUGGGGCCCAGGAGUCAAGCCCCUCGGAGACACAGGGAUGGCCGUGGUUGUCACGACUGGAGAGCUCCUGGCCUCUAGGGGGCGGGGCCGGGGCUCCGCCCCCCCAGCUCACCUGCUCACCUGCACUCCCCGCCCCCCCGCAGGGACGCCCGUGAACCGCAUCCCCAUCAUGGCCAAGCAGGUGCUCGACCUGUUCAUGCUGUACGUGCUGGUGACGGAGAAGGGCGGCCUGGUGGAGGUCAUCAACAAGAAGCUGUGGCGGGAGAUCACCAAGGGCCUCAACCUGCCCACGUCCAUCACCAGCGCGGCCUUCACCCUGCGGACCCAAUACAUGAAGUACUUGUAUCCCUACGAGUGUGAGAAGCGCGGCCUGAGCAACCCCAACGAGCUGCAGGCGGCCAUCGACAGCAACCGGCGCGAGGGCCGGCGCCACAGCUUCGGGGGCUCCCUGUUCGCCUACUCGCCGGGCGGGGCCCACGGCGUGCUGUCCUCGCCCAAGCUGCCCGUGCCCUCGCUGGGCCUGGCCGCCAGCACCAACGGCAGCUCCAUCGCCCCGGCCCCCAAGAUCAAGAAAGGUAAGGGCCCCCCCCCGGCCGCGGCGGCCGGAGCGGGCAGGACGAGCAGACGCGGGGGGUCAGGCCCAGGGUCCCCAGCCCAGGCCCGUGGCAGGUGUUACGAACCGAGCGCUGCUUCCCCGUCCACGCUGCUGCGCGCAUCCCUGCUGGCGCCCAGCCCCUCGCCGGCUUCACCAACGACGCAGCGAGGUCUGCGGUGGGCGGCAGCAGGGAUGGCUGUAGUUCUUCGGUCCCUCGCCUGUGGCAGGCGUCGCGUGAUCGCUGUAUUCUUUCCCCUUUGGGCUUCGGGACCUUCUCGCCCACUGCCCAGCAGGCAGUGCCGCUGGCACAGUGCAGGCCUGGGGGACUGGCCCCCAAGCCGCUGCUGGGUGUCUGGGCAGCACACUGGCCCCUCCUGGGCCGCCUCUCCCGCUGGGGAAGCGUGGGGAAAGUGACCCCUCCUUUGUGGGUUUGUGGAAAGGGAGCCUUGGCUGUGUCCGGCCCCCACGGGCAGCGGGCCCCCCGUUCACACAGGGGCCGCCUGUGAUGCGGCCCCUCCCACCGAGGCCCUCAACUCCCCCUCGCACGGAAACGCCAGCAGAGUGGCCUCGGCAGGCCAAGCCACCGGAGUGUCCAUUCCUCCUCUGCCGCCCGGGCUGGCCCGAGGGCACAGGGCGAUCCCCACGACCUAGGACUGGUCAGUACCUAGGUGCGGGGGCUCUGACUCACUGGCCUUCCGUGGACCUCAGUCCCCCACUCCGGGGGGCUCCAGUCGGGGUUGAGCGCCCGCCGGGUGUGAGGCCUCAUGCAGGAGCUGGGGAGGUGCUGGCGGACAGGAAGGAGGGUUUGCUGCUGGGUGAGGUGCGGGGCUUGGGGGAGUCCCCAGCCUGCCCUGGCGGGGGAGGUGGGGAGUCAGGAGAAGGGGAGACAGCAGGUCACGUGGGACCAGCGGGUAGAACUGUGACGGGGACGUUUGCUUCCAGUACAGAGGAGGCAAAUGGCGGCUGGUUCUGGGUUCGAGUCCCAGCUCCGCCGCCUCGCUCUGUGGUUCUGGCAACGUUCCCACGUCCCUGAGCCUCCUCGUCUGUGAAGCAGCCGUUAGCGGGCGGAGGCUGCCUUUCAAGGAGGUUCGAGCUCAGAGCGUCAGACAAGACAACGUGGCGCUUCCUAGUUGCUUUCACUAGUACCGUAUACAGCAAGUGCUAUGACAGCGUCUGUGUGACGUCAGUGCUGGAGGCGACUGUGACGCUGCCGUCCCUGCCACGGCAGUGUCCUGUGCCAGGCCAGCCUCAGGAAGGGUCUGAGGGCACGAGUGUCCGUGCAGGGACCCGGCUGCCCCCCGGGAGGAUGCAUGCGCCCCAUCCGCGCAGGCGGCCG